GCGCAGUCCUUCAAACGUCGAUGAUAAAAUAUAUUAAAAAAUAUCAUUUUAUUAUGAAGGUGUAAUAUUAUAUUAUACCGAAACGAGUGACGAAGCCAGUCAAACCUCAGACGACGACUACGAUAGAACACGAUGAAUAAUAUAUUAUGAUAAUAGGUACAAUGCAUAUCAUUAGUAACGAUUAUCUUGUGAUUUCAGAGGCGUGUGCGCUUCGCUGGUAAACAAAAUAUUAAAUAAUAUGUUCGACUCGUCUUUGGGUAAACGAUCAUUUGCAUUUGGUUUGUGUUUCCGUCGGCAUAUUUAUCAGUUGAUGACGGCUCCACCGCCACCGCCGUCGUUCACGUUGCCGAGGCCGUUGAAUCGCGACACGCAUGUUUCUGUUCAACUGCCGUCCCUUGAUGUCAUGUAUGACUGAUGUCACCAAAUCGACGUACCUGUCAUCCGGUAAAAAUAAUGGUAUUGUCAAGUCAUCCCAGUAUUCAACUAAAGUAAAACAUCAAAAUGGAACUAUUUGUAAUGGUCACCUAAAACUUAAACCAUGGAAAAAGAACCUUUAUUCCAACGAAGGUUAUCCAGAUAAUUAUACCGAUAAGUCUUUCCUAGAAGAAUUGAGAAAAAAUCUUCAUGUAAGAAAACUUACACUUCUAGAAGCAAUCCUCGGAGCUGGUUUAAUUACACAAAGAUUAUGCAUAGUGGUAAUUUUUGCAUUAUCUUUUUAUGCUCUGAAUUGCAAUUUGAUUUCUCCACUAUUAUUGUUAAUUUCCACUACAAGUUUUAGUUUUAUUGUUUACCUUUUGCUUUAUGAAAAUUGCAAGACAAUUCCAUUAUGGUUGAUGAAGUCUGCGUGUGCAUUUGUCGUAUCUGGUUAUAUUUUAUCACCUGUGUUGAAAACAUUGACUGAAACCAUAAGCACAGAUACCAUAUAUGCCACAACUACGGUUAUGAUGUGUGUACAUCUUGUAUUUUUUGACUAUGGGUCUGCAGUUAUAGUUUCAACAUCGCUGUCAUUAAAUGCUGCUUUAUUCGGUUCAAUUUGUUUGUGCUCAAGACUACAAACAGCUUUCCACGUAUUUGUGUUUAUCACAAUAGCAGUACAGUGUUUUGCUGUAUCACCAAUACUUCUAUCGCCGAUCAAAUCUUCCAUUACCAUGUUAUUGUCAUUUGUAACUGUUACGUUUGUAUUAUGUAUAAGGGUGUCAUCAUUAAUGAGUGGACUAUUUAUCCUAACUGUUUUGUUCAUUAAUCUGAUGUGCCCAUACUAUUUUGUUAAAUGGCAUUCGUUCAAAGACAACAUUUAUGGACCAUGGGAUGAAGCUAUUGUGCAAGAUAUUAAAAUAAAAGAUUUUCAUGUAGACUGAAAAGUGAUGAGGGUUCUCUAAUUAAAUACUGUUUAAGGAUGUGUGUUAUCGACAACCAGUAACUAUUAUCUUGGUUUUCCACAAAGUUACCAUUCUUCUAUUAUGUAUUAAGUAUAAGUAAUUUAUUAUCAAUUGAAACCAAAUUGUUUUGGUUAAUUCCUUAAUGGCACUCUAGUGGUUGUAUUAAACUAUAAAUUAUAUUAAAAUUAAAAGCAUUGCAUAUUAUAGUUCAUUUUUUUAAAAGUUUGUUAUUUUAUUUUAAUAGUAAAAUGAGUUGAACAUUUUAAUUUUAGUUAUUAUAUAUAUAUGAGAUAUCAUCUAUGUGUUACGCUAACUGAAUUUUAAUAUUUUUUCACUAUAUUGUUAAGAAUUAUCCCACCAGUAUAUAAUUCUAGAAUUAUUAAAUAUUUUAUUAUCAAUUAACAUGCUGUUCUUUUUAAAUAUUUUAUUUCAUGGUGUUACCAACUCUUAUAGUUUCAUGUAAAUGGCCAAAUAAUAUUGUCAUACUCUUAAAAUGUGUUAAUUGUGUUAUAAUAUUUUUAAUAAAGAUUGAAUUUGUAAAAAUAACAAUUAGACAUUUAAAAAACUAUCAAUUUUACUUUUAAUAAAUUUUGUGUAGUAAAAUUACUACUUAAUUCAGAGUUAUAAACAUCAAAUUACAGUAGGUACUUAGUUCAUUGUUCACUGGGAUUAGUAUUAUGUAUAACUGUGUGGGGUUUUACUUUAAAAUUUUGAUAAAUCAUGAAUUUUCUAAAUUUACUAAUAUUUUUACAUUUUUCAAAUGUUUAUACAAUCCCAUUUCAGAAGUAUCAGUAAUUUUUUGAAGUUUCAUAAAUCAAUUUUUUACACAUUCCAUUCUUUGGUACAUUUCUUUGGUACAUUCUUAAGUUACAAUUAUUAUUUUUGGAAGCUUUAAUUUUAAAAUGAAUGUAAUAUUAUUUUUAUUAAAAUGUCUACUAUGUAAUGGUAAAAAAUAACUCUUAUAUUUUCAAAUAGUAAUACAAUUAAAAUAUAAUGUAUUAUUAUUUCAUACACUUAACAAUUAUUAUAAAUGGCAAAACUAGUUGAAUAAUUGCUAUGUACUAAUUUAUUUAAUAUCAUGGGCAAAAUUAACAUUAUUUGAAUUCAUUUGAUUUGGUUAUAGCACAUUUAAGUUAUAUGUAUGUGUUUUAUUUUAAUCACUUUAACUAUAAUAUUCUUAAGAAAAUAUUCUAAGUACAAAGACAUCAAAAUAUUUAAAUUGAAUGUAUAUUAUAAUACAGACGUGUCUUACUAAAAUAAUUAUUUGAAUAGAUUCUAAAAAACAAGUAUUAUUUUAAAUGUUUUUUGUAGAUAAUAUAUCCUUUAAUUUUGUGAAAAAAAUGUAAUGUAGAGUUUAAGAAUUUUAACAGUACUAAUUGUUAUUGAUUUCUUGACCAUCUGUGAUGUAUCUUUUAUUCAUACGAUCUCUGCACAAAUAUUGCUCAUGUUCAUCCACUGAAAUACAGCGGAAAUUAUGUUAUACAAUAAUAACAAUAUAUUAUACACAUAGGUAUAAUACAAAAUACUCUUUUAACUUGGAUUAAUUCAGUUUUUUGACUAAGUGAACAUUAUAUAAAUAAGUUGUUCAAAUCUUUAAAUUUUAAAUUUAAGGAGUCAAUAUCACACAGAUUUGUUCCAAAUGCAACACUGGAUUGCCAAUGAAAUAAUAAUAAAUCAUAAAAAUAGUUGUAUAACUAUGAAAAUAAAUGUGUACUUUCUGUAUCUCAUUGUUUCACUUUGCUAAUUUAAGUAUAUAUUAUAUUAAUAAUAAUUAUGUAUAAUAUUAUGAUAUUAUUUAUUGUAAUUUUUUUUAACGUAAGACAAUCAUUAUUCAAAAUAUAUUAACAAUUUUGAAAAUAUUAUUUUUUAAUUAGGUACUUAUAAUAAAUGAUAAGUAUUACAAAACAAUUAUAUUUUUUACUAUUUUUAAUCUUGAUUAUUUUUUUAGUCUUUUCUAAACGUCUGUAUGAUUAAUACAUUUAUUUUUAAUUUCAUAUUGCAAAGCUGAAUAUUUUUUGAAUAAUUUUUAUACAUACAGAUUGAAUUUAAAGCAAGCAGUUAAUUAAUAAUUAUACUUAUAACUAGUUAUAAGUAUUGACAUUUUAAAUGAAUGAAAUACUGGAAUAAUAUUUUGUAGGACAAUCUUGGGCACUUUAUUCAGUUAAUCAACAUUUUUUUCAUUCAUCAGAUAACUAACAUAAAUAUUCUGUUUAGGAAUAUGAAAUUAAGUAAACACGUAAUUUUUUUGUUUACAAAAUAAUUAUUUUAAAAUAAUUUAGUUAAAACGUUAAUAGGUACGUAAUUUUAGAAAUAAUGAGUGUCUUACGUUAAAAUAAGUUAACUUAGUAUGUACUAUCUAAUAAGUAUUUUUAUUUGAAUUGAGUGUUAGAAUUCAAAAAUGUAAUAGGUAAUUAAUUAUUAAAAUUAUUGAUAAUAGUUUAUAGCUCUGUUUGGGUGGAAAUGUUUUAGUUAAAGAGUAGAUACCUAAGUCGCGACACUAAACCAUGGCCUACGAUUUAUACGCCUUGUUUGUUUCAAUAAAUUUGAUCGAAUACUUUCAUACGCGAUAUUCUACCAAAUAAUUGGGAUACCGUAAUAAAUACCUACAGCACACGCACAUCACCGCAAGUGUGCAGGGUUAUUUCUCCAAAAUCAGUACCUAAUAAUAUAAUAUUUGAUUUUAUAAGAUAGGUAUGCGUAAACAGUAGAUAUUUGCAUAAUCUCUUUGGUAGGUAGGUAAUAGUUAUAAAUAAAUCUAUUCAUUAUUGUUUUUAAAAAAUAAUACAAAAUGUUUAAUAACGAUUUGUUCUUUUUGAUUAUCUACGUGCAUAUAAUUAAUAAUUAUUUGUAAUUUUUUUGUUUUUUUUUUCGUUUUGUCGUUUUUGAUGUCUAUUAUCUAUAUUUGAGUUCUAGCACUUCUAUUGUUUAACUAUAGGUACAUGUAUAUAUAAAAAUACAGUCGAACUUCGAUAACUUAUCAAUGUAAGGCCCGGGCCAAGGCAUUCCUUCGAGUUACCGAAAAGUCGACUUAUAGAGGUUCGAAUUAUCGAGAUUCCACUGUAUUAUUAUUUAUUACCGUAUAAUAAUAUUAUGCACACUGUAACACGCCAUUCGCAAUUUUAUUAUUUCACGACCACAGCUUAGGUAAUACCACCGAAUAUACAUUUAUGAUACCACCUAAUCGUACCUACCUAUAUACCUAUCAUUACUCGUAAAAUAGGUAUGUUGUUAAUGUAUAUAAUAUGUUUUAGUCAUUUUUUUUUUUUUUGUAUAAAGUUUUGUAUUUUCGUUUAUCUAUUACGAACAUCACGUGAUAUUUAAUAUAAGACGCACAUAAUAUUAUAGGUACACGCUUUUAUUGUUAUAAUAAUUAUAAUAUCAUAUUGUGUGCACGUCCGUGCGAACACUCGUGUAAACGCUCUUCAGUCACCGUGUUUGACCAAAAUCUCAAUCCGGUUUAUCCAUCAAAUACAAUAAUAGUACACGUAGUAUUAUGAUGGGAUUAAGCAUUAUAAUCUAUGACUAAUCAUAAGUUCUCCUGAAUAAUUAAUCUAUUGGUAAUAUUAUUAUGUUUUUUUUUUUUUUUAACUAUUAUUGAUUCGGCUUAACUCGGUUUUUAUUUCGGAGCCGAAGAAUUUAUAUACAAUGUUUGUUAAAUGUAUAACUGCCUAUUAAUUUAUAAAUAAAUUGUUGCAAAAUAAAUAUAUUAAUACAAUAUAA